AAAAAGAAGGAACCAUUCCUCACCUUCCUCUUUCCUCAGCAGCCAACCCAAACUUUCGGAGAGCGCGAGAGAGAAAGAGAGAGAAAAGAAACACAGCACAGGGACCCGUUUCGCCUUCAUUUCUUUCGUGUUUCAUUGACCUAACUCUUUCCCUCUCAAAUCUCAAUGGCUUUCUCAGCAGACUCUUCUCGCCGCAACUCCCUCAUCCCUUCCUUCCUCUACUCUUCCUCCUCCUCCGCCAAAACCCUAUCCUUCCAGAAGAUUCUCACCUCCCCCUCCUCCUCUCCCGCCGCAGCACCUUCCGGCGGCAACGGUGGCGCCUUCAUGAUUCCCUCUCCCAGCGAGCCCGGCAAGAUCGAGAUGUACUCUCCGGCCUUCUACGCCGCCUGUACCGCCGGCGGAAUCCUCAGCUGUGGUCUCACUCACAUGGCCGUCACUCCUCUUGACCUCGUCAAGUGUAAUAUGCAGAUUGACCCUGCCAAGUACAAGAGUAUCUCCUCUGGUUUUGGAGUUCUGCUGAAGGAGCAGGGAGUCAGAGGCUUCUUCAGGGGAUGGGUGCCAACUUUGCUUGGUUAUAGUGCUCAAGGUGCUUGCAAGUUUGGAUUUUAUGAAUUCUUCAAAAAGUACUACUCUGAUCUGGCUGGCCCAGAAUAUGCAACCAAGUACAAGACCUUGAUCUACCUUGCUGGUUCUGCAUCUGCUGAGGUUAUUGCUGAUAUUGCACUUUGCCCAUUUGAGGCCGUGAAGGUCCGUGUUCAAACUCAGCCCGGCUUUGCUAGGGGUCUGGCUGAUGGGUUGCCGAAGUUUGUCAGAUCUGAAGGAACCUUGGGAUUGUACAAGGGAUUGGUGCCUCUGUGGGGACGACAAAUUCCAUACACAAUGAUGAAAUUUGCUUCUUUUGAGACCAUUGUGGAGAUGAUCUACAAGCAUGCCAUCCCCACACCAAAGAAUGAGUGCAGCAAAAGUCUCCAACUCGGUGUGAGUUUUGCUGGUGGAUAUGUUGCGGGUGUGUUCUGUGCCAUUGUGUCACAUCCUGCCGAUAACCUUGUCUCUUUCCUCAACAAUGCCAAGGGAGCAACCGUUGGUGAUGCUGUGCAGAAGCUUGGUUUGUGGGGUCUCUUCACCCGAGGUCUCCCACUGCGUAUUGUUAUGAUUGGAACACUUACAGGAGCUCAAUGGGGAAUAUAUGAUGCCUUCAAGGUCUUCGUGGGACUGCCAACCACUGGUGGUCCUGCUCCUUCUGCUGUUCCUACCCCCACCGGUGCUGAGCUUGCAAAGGCUUAGAUUGCCAAGAUGACACAAUUAAUAGUUUGUUUAGAGAGCCAGCGAAUAGGGACCAUAAAUAAACAGAGGAUUGCUGAAGUUGCUUGAGUGGAACUCAAGUAUGGUUGGAUGAUAUUCUUUUGAAGUUCAGACAUUGUUUCCAUUUUUCUUGAGUAUUUUGAAUUUUUGGGAGGAUGGUUUUGCUCGCAUCCUUCCUGUUGCCGAACACUUUGUAGGUAGUUGAUAUAAUUUUGCAUGUUAGGAUAUCACAUGCUCCUUUCAAAUCGGAAUACAUAUCUGUUUUCUUGUCCAUGCAAAAGCAUGGAACUAUAUGCAAUGCCAAGAUCGAGAUUAUUUUACAUAUAGUUAACUUCAA